AUGGGGAAUGGAGGAGAAGGAGGCAAAGGAUUUCUUCAGGGAGGAGUGGGUGGAAGAGCCUUGUAUAACAAUGCUGUAGGAGGAUUUGGAGGAGGGGGAGGUGCAUUUGGAAGUUCAAGCGGAGGGGGUGCUGGAGGUGGAGGAGGCUACUCUGGGGGAAGUAGUGGGGAUAAUGAGGGUGACUCCUGUGGAGGAGGGGGAGGAUCUUACAACACUGGAAAGAAUCAGCAGAAUGAAUGCUGUUAUAAAACAGCUGGGCAUGGUCAGGUGACCAUAACAUUAAUAUAGAUGACAUAUUGUGCAACUCAGCAAGUACUCUAGCUUAAAUGUUAGGUAAAGUAGCUUGUUAUACAACUAUUGUUAUAUCUUGUUAUAUCGUAUCUUAUCUGAUACCGCUAUCAGUAUACCUGUAGCUAAAAAGAGAAAAAACAACAACAACAACAAAACAUUUUCUUGUCAUGGGCAUUUAAGAAGUAUAGUGACAGCCGAACUCCUGAAAGUUAUAAAAAAUACCUUUGCAAGGGGCCCAGGGCCCGGUUGCAUAAAACGCCCGUAACAACUGCGGGUACGCGUACGUGCACUCGUAACUUAAGUCAGUUGCAUUAAAUUACUUAAGUGGUCCACUUGGGGAAUUCACUUAAGUGGUUGCGCUUACGAUUUUUGUAAGUGUGCACUUAAGUGUCGUUUAUGCAAUAGAAAUUGCGGGUGUUGCAUAAAACCUUUUUUACGGGAAAAAUAGCACGUAAAUUUACAGGACCUAUGUAGGUCCCGUAUCGUUACUGUUUUUACUAAACUUAAGGAGAUCUUUUACUGAGAAGUGAAAAAAAGUAUAUUUCUUCACGUUAUUCGUUCUAAUGCGCUUUUUUAACCUCUGAUGUACUCUUUAAAGCCGACGAUGUGAAAAAAGAAGAAGAACUAUCAUUUUCAGUAGAUAUUGAAGAAAAAUAACGUCUGCAUGCAAAUUUCAUGUUUUUGAGAGGCUUUAAAGUGUUCGAAACGACUUAAAACUUUCUUUACACUCACCGAUGGUUAGCUUAAAAAAAAAAAAAAAAGUGAGUCAUUAAUGAAGUACUAUAUCAAAGUUACGUAUGCCUUUAAGUGAGCCCGUGAGUUACAACGUAAAACAGAAACUUACGAGAGUGCUAAGUGCGUUCCAUGCAACACACUUAAGUGUACCCAUAACGGAUUCGUAAGUGACCUACUUAAGUGGGCACUUAAGUGUAGGUUUUAUGCAACCGGGCCCAGGAAACGUGUCUACUUAAGGGAUGUUAAAAAUGCUACAGGAAGGAGUUGUCGGUUAAUAAAGGUUUGACUGUACAUGUAGACUGCUUACAGUCCGCCUUUUCUCUUAAAAUCCGUUAAGUUCUUAUCCUAGCCAGCGCGAUUGCAAAUAACGACGUCACAAUAAGGGAUAUAGGAAGAGACGAGAAUAGGCGAUCUCUUAUUUAUUUAUUUUUUUUUCUUCUCAGGCGUACGCCCUCGUUGAUUGCGGCUCGUGUGCAUGGAUUACUCGUGGAGAUUGUGGAGUAACUUUGCAGAGAAAUUUAAUUAGAGGCUGCUCGCAGUCCACUGUACAUGUAUAUUUACCUCCUUUCAAAAUACCAUACAGUUAUUGCAACGGCAACACAUGCUUUUUUUAGCGGCGGAUCCAGGAUUUUUUAUUGAGAGGGGGUCCAGACUUUGGUUCAGAAAGGACUGUUGAACUUUCUUGUAGCAACUUCUCCCCAAAACCACCCCCCCUCCCCUCCCGCACCUCCUCCCACCAGUCGCGGUUGCACGUUAUAAUUCCUUGGCCCUUUACCGUGUACUUGAAUUCAACUUGUAAAGAAUACAUAAUUGUCGACCAGCUGAGAACGCAGACUGAGACGACCAUGUCAAUCUGUGAGCACUGGUCGCUGUUGGCGCGGGAAAUGUACUAGGGAGCUUUAGCAUCGAAGACGGCGACGGCAGCGAAAACGUCACUUUUAAAAUGAAUUAGCGUUUUUUUCCAACUUUGAAGCGUUUAUUUCAAUUCACUGAAAAUGCCAAAUGUGGCCCUGGAGUUGAUUUCUUGGGGACCGGACUCAAGUUUACAAAGAGAAAGAAACAUUCGUCUUUCCUUGUCUACGUUCUUGUCGCCGUCGUCGUUGCUAAAGCUCCCUACUGCUUUGCGAGCAGAUGAGAACAGACCAUACGAGGGUACCCAAAAACAAUUACAAUUUUGAAUAUCCCUGGAAUUAAGUUUAGCAGCAAAAUCCAACGCGCGUUUCGUUACAUACAUAUAUUGCAAGAAUGUUUAACCCAUACUUAACUUACUGUAAUAUCGUAUGGGCCAGUACCUAUCCAACAAGGCUCGAGGGUAUAUCUAAGGUUCAAAGGAAAAUUGUAAAGAUUGCAAAGAUUUCGAAAUUUACAGAGUAAACAAGGCCUGUAUUCCUUUCUUCGAUUUUACUAACCAUAUAAGAGUUAAAAGCUUAUCAAUUGGCCUUAUUCAUGUAUUCUUACUUUAGAGGACAACUGCCGCCAUCUUUUUCAGAUUACUUUUCGGAGAGUAAUACUAUUCAAUCCUAUAAUACAAGGUCCGCGAACAAAGUGUGCAUUAAGUAUGAAAGAACUAAUCAUUGACGUUUCUCAGUUAGAUAUAUAGAGGUACUAUGAUAUGGAACAGUUUGCCAAAUAGUUUGAAGGAAAUUAAGUCAUUUCAGUUGUUUAAAAGAAAAUUGAAAUGUUUUGUUAACAGAAAUAUACUGACUCUACAUAGUGGAACAUAUAUACAGUGUAAUACUCUUGCUGCUUAAUAAUAAUGUUAAGGCCACCAUAUUCAAUACGAAUGUUUGUGAUGCUUAAAUUAAAAAGGGGACCUCCCAGGAAAAGCUCAGCUGAGCUUGCAGAGAUCUCCCGCUAAUAGAUUAUGUUAUAGAUGCAAUACAUUAGUAAUUAAGUGGCAAAUAAAAGAUUGCUUGAUUGAUUGAUUGAUUGAUUGAUUGAUUGAUUGAUUGAUUGAUUGAUUGAUUGAUUGAUUGAGUUAAAAAGCGACACACGAUCCUUUCCAUAGAAGAAUUUUAGUCUCAAACAAGCGUCAGUUCUGAUAAGGGGGUCCGGACCCCCCGGACCCUCCCCCUGGAUCCGCCACUGUUUUUUCCUGAUCUGUGAUCGGCCGGUUGAUGUUUGGUGGCCCCGCUCGCGUUCGCUGCACUUUCAUUCUCAAAAGCAUACGCAUGUUAAGGAACAUUUAAAAGUGACAAUAAAUAGUAAAGAAUACCGGAACCUGGUCCACUUUGAGUGUGCAAAAAUUAGAUUAUAGCAUGUUGAUAUGUUUUUUGAACGGUAAAACGUCAGGUACAGCAACCAUAGAUACAACAAACAGACCUUUAUAUAACAUUGCCCAUCCCUGAUACUCACAAUACCUGGGACAAGUACUCUGAACAUUCUCAAAGAGCGCUCUCUAUCAAAUUACUACAAAGAACAACGUACAAUAAAACGAUUUAAUUCUUCAGUGGGACCCGGAUUAACGGUCGCGUGUUGUGCUCCGGCGCUAAGACAGUAACAACAGUCACAGAUACAAAUGUCCUCAUAUAACACGGCCGAGAAACUCUCGGUGUUCUUCCGACUGAUUUCCGAUUCCUUCUGGCCCAUGAGGUUCCUUAUAUAGCCCUGAAAUAUACUAUUUCAUUCCACUUACAGCUAAGUAUGGUAUGAGGUCAUAAAGCACAAAAGCAUCGCGAUGCAGUCAGCAUCACACACACCUUUGUCGACAACUAAUCUGCUCACUGAGUUCAGUGACCUCUUUCAAACAAAAAAAGGUAAGGUAUAUAGAUUUUGAAAUAAUGACUUUCAACCCUGAAAUAUAGCCUUUAGAUGCCUUUCUUACUGACAUCUGCUACAGGACCUAAAGGUCAUAUAUAUUUUUUUAACUAAUACGUCCAAAUUACCCGUUACAAAUAACGGCGAUUGACAAACUCACCCCCAUAUCAGUGCAAAAAUCGGAACUGAAGAAUAAUUUUCUAAGUUUCUUCUUUGACCUUUACUCUAUUUGGAGUGCGGCUUCAGCUGUUCAUGCGAAAAUACGCCACACUUUACCGCGGCAAUUUUAAAUUUUUCGAUGAAUUUACGCAAUUAAGUGCAUGUAGUUUUACAAAUGAGCUGAAGCAGGAUGUAACCGUAAAUUUGUUGGCAUGGCUAUUCACUUAAUUAGCUGGUGGAAAUUCUAUCUAAAAGAAGGUAAAUAAAAAAGUAUGGCUUUAAAGAAAAAAGAAGCAACAAAGAAAUUAAUGUGCCUAACAAUUUUGCAAGCAGGAGUUCAAGUGCUGCGACCUUUUAUAGAAGAUUUUGUUCUUGCAUGCCUAUACUGAAAUGAAAGGGAAUCACCACGACUUUUAGACACGUAUAAUUAAAAGUUUUCGUUUUACUAAAUGUUUUGAAAGAAUUCUGCAGUCUCCAAUCCACUUUUUGUUUGCUACUGCAUAGUCAAAAUCAUAAUGAGAGUAGAACAUCGAACAUCCCAACAAAAGUGAUUCUUUCAGGAGAGUAUUCCAUAAUAUGGUGCCCAGGAAAAAAGGUUCUAAAUUCGACAAUUAUUUAAUUGUUGUCUUAUUGUGCAAUUUCAAAGUCUUGCAUGGUAGAAAUGAAAGACCUUAAUUAUGGGGGUCUCAAUGGGGUUAACCGAUAGGCGUAAAACGGCCAAAAAUCUAGUCGAUAGCCAUAAAAAUUGAAAAAUUUUCACCGUUAGCCGUAAAUAGAGUAAAAAAGAGUUAACUGCAAAAGAAACUUUUCCCUAGAUUCCCUCACUUAUGAUUGCGUUUUUUAUUUCCCAGCUAGUGUGACUCCGUACGCACUUUAGGCGAAGCGCCUUUUAGGUGUUGACCAAGACCUAGGCUCCAUUUCCGCCACUCUCUCGGGGAACUAAUUUUUCCCAUAGCGAAAGUGGGGAUUAAUAUUUGCGAUUUUCAGGAGGUCGAGCCCUCGAAAUACUAGUGAAACAACACGCAAAGAUGUCACUGUUUGUAAAACAUGUUGCCGAUGAACAACAUUUCCCUCUUUUCCUCUGACGUCGCUACGGUAGAUAUUGCCAUGCCCAGUCCCUGUACGGCGUCUUCCCACGCGAUCUCGGUCAAGGUAUUUUGGUGGCGAACUCGCAUGGACCACGUGACCCGAAACGCAUUAGCCGCGCGGAAUAAUGAGGCCCACGGACAAGGCAAUGGCAGACAGUCGUUCCGUACAGUCCUUCGCUAUCAUUAAAAACACUGGACGCGGGAAUUUUGUUAUAGGCCGUUUUCACGCCAGAGCUAGAAAUGGAUUAUCCGUCUGAGGCUAGCCUGUGUACAGUCACGCCCUCCCCACAGGCACCCUUUCUCCGAUUUUUUCUGAGGGGAGGGGGCGGUUGUACACAGGCUAUUUGGAACGGACAAUCCCGUCUUCAAACUGUCCGUAAAAAUUGACGGAUAAUUUCAGGCGGAUUGUUACUAACUAUUCCAUUUUCGAGUUAAGAAGUGUUACCUAUCUGACGCGAAUCAUCAAAGGGAUAACCCGUCUCACACAAAUAAUCCGUCUCUAGUGUGAAAACGGCCAUUUCUGUUAUAAUGAAUGUCGCGCCCGGCCUUGAGUUGGGCGUUUGCGUGUCUGCUUUUUCUUUUUCACAAAGAUUAUUUUUAAAUUGACUAUUGACAUUUCUAUGAGUAAAAUUAUAUUCGAAGAGAAAUACUUUAUAAAAAGUAUGAUCUAUCAUAAGUUAAAAUUUUCAAAAGAAUAGGUUGUUUCAUCCCGAGAUGAUCCAAAGACCUUUAUUUUGAUUUAAAGAUACAAAAUCUACAGGCUGAUUAAUAUUUAACUUUUUGAAACAAAAGAAGUUAAUUUUUAACUUUUUUGUUAACCGUAACUGAAAAAAAUUAACCGAUAGCCGUAAAAGAGCCAAAAUUUUUGUCGUUAACCGUAAAAGCCACCACCCCAUUGAGACCCUCUAAUUAUUCUUUGCCGGGUUUUCUUUUUUUUCUGCGACAUCCACAAUUAAGUAAAGGCUCAAAGUACAACUAUAAGAAAAUUGUUAAUUCCUGUACGCAAGAAAAAGAAUUUCAAUUAUUUAUUGCACCAAUUUUUUUUUUACGACAUUCUAAAACGUGGUCAAAUUUAAGGGGGAAGGGGGUUUGAGUCAGCAUCCAUUUUUUUCUACAGUACAAGAAGACGUUUCGUGACAGUCGAUUGGGCUACGGUAAGGAACACCAUCCCAUAAGGGCAGAUUUCAAAAGAACUGAAUGGGCGAUAAAAAGACAGUUGUCUUAUUUUAUUUGCUGUAACGAUAGUCGCCUAGGCACUCUAAAAACAAUGACUUCCCUUUCUUGUCGAUGAAGAAAUACAACACACCUAGGUAUUUGUUUUCCUGUAAUCUGAUUGGCUUACUCAAAACCAAUACAUUGCUUAGACCGCGUAAGGACUAAGAACUAGAGGAAUGGCGAGCGUAGAAAUUCAUGGUGGCGACGAUUACAGUUUAUAACAAUAAUGAUAAUGAUGAUAAUAAUAAUAACAAUAAUAAUAAUAAUAAUAAUACAUAGGCAAAAGUAAAACUUUCAAUAGGACUAGUUGUAAUUGGGCAUUAUUCAGUGAUAAAUAGCUAAAAAAAUUAAAAUUGACUGACUAUAUAAGAAAAAAACAUAGAUAUAAAAAGCUUUUGCAAAUAAAGAGGUAUUUACGGCUUUCUUGAAACUUUGGACAGAAUAUGACGUUUCUCAAUGUACAGGGUAGAUCGUUUUUAUAGUUUCGGGGAGGCCACAUGAACGAACGAUCCCCAAGCGUGGCGAGCGAUUUGCAAGAACUAGAUUUGUUAGAACGUAGAUUAGGUCUUCAAGCAGUGCCUCCAACAGAAAUAAGUUCACUUACACGUAUGUUGGCUGGAGCAAAAUCACGUAUUGCUUUGAAAGCGAUUAACAACAUUUUAAAAAACUAUACUAUUUUACCGGCAGCCAGUGCAGCGACUUGAGCAGAGAUGUCAGAUGUGAAAUCUGCUCUCCUGGAAUAUCAGGCGCGCAGCUGCAUUCUGAACUCUUUGUAAUUUGUAAAGAUGGCAUUCGGGAACUCCAAAUAAGAGACCCUUCUAAAGUCUAGGUAGCUUAAUAUAAAAAUGUGUGCCAGUGUUUCUGUGCAUUCUUUAGCUAAGUACUUUCUAAUUCUUCUAAACGUUGUAGAGAUGAACGAACGCUGCAGAACUAGACUUAGUGAUAUGGUCAACCGUAGAAAGGUUUGAGUCAAACCAAACACCAAGAUUUUUAACAGGAGAGUGCGGAGCUACAUUUGUUGUAUAUUCGCAUUUCCAACUUGGACGCGGGAAAUAUUUACUUUGGGGAGCUGCUGUUUCGUGCUAAUCAAAAGGAACUCUGGUCAGGCAUUCAGUAAUAGUUUAUUAUCAUGCAUGCAUCCAGUUCCUGAUAACCUGAAUACAACCCUCGAAAGCAGCAAUAGCAUCUGUCUGUGAAUGACCUGUCUCAUCUGCAGGACUAAAGGAGACAUAAAUUUGGUUGUCAUCACCGUAAAAAUGGAUGGAUGGAAGAUAAUCUUGAACGACAUCUAGUAGCGAGCUCGUAUGGAUGGUAAACAAGAGGGGCCCAAGAAAGGAGCCUUACGGAACUCCGCAGUUCUCGUUAAAACUCUCAGACUGACAACCACGCACCGAUAUCCGCUGACAGCGCCCUGAAAAAUAAGAUCAAAACCACUCAUACUCUGUCUCCAAGUUUUAGCUCGUUGAGUGCCUCCAGCAAGAUACCGUGAUCAACUGUAUCGAGAGCCGCGCCAAGAUCUAGUAGCACGAAGAGAGUUACAUGCUAGUUAUUCAUAUUUAGGAGGAUGUCGUUUUUUUACUUUUAGGAGAGCUGUUUCAGUGCUGUGGUUCUUCCUCAAAGCCGAUUGCGCAAUCGACUAUACGCCCAUAUCAGCCAUGUGAUCAUGUAUCUGACGAAAAACUGCUCGACAGGAAAGCCAUAUUGCUGACAGGUCUGAAGUUCUUAAAGAUAACAUCAAGACCACGCUUCUUAAGUAAUGAACAUACAAGCGCCUACCUACAACUAUCGGUAAAGAGUCCAGCUUCUAAUGAUUUGUCUAUGAUCGUAGUAUUGUUCCUGAAAAGAUCCUAGUGGGGAGGUAACAAUAAAGUAUGUAUGUAUGUAUCCAUGUAGUAGCCACCGAAAGUAGAGCAUUGAUUUGAUAACGAAGUGAAGUGUGAAGUGGCAUGGGGUCGAGUGGGCAGGACGUCAACGCCGAGUUCUGCAUAAGCAAUUUAUCGUUGUUUCCAGACUAAGUCUUUAAUUCAGAUAAUGUUGGAAUUUACCUUACUAGUAUUACCAACAGAAAUAAACGCCUCGGGGACAGUUAAGUCAGUGAAAUCAGCAUCAAUUUGUUUAGACUGUAUCAGUUUUUGUAACAAAAUACUCUCCAAGUUGGGGCAUGCAGUCGUGGUGGAAGGCCAUCAUCCUGGGACUGAUUUUGCUUGAUAUGCGCUUGAAUUUGAGGGCAAACAAGUCGGAAUCAAGUUUAGAUAACCUCCAUUGUCUUUCAGCAUUCGACGCUCUCGUCUUAGCAUGUCGAAUUUCAUCAGUGUACCAUGGAAUUUGCGGCCGCAUAACGAUGGUAUAUAUACGAUCCGAGCUACCAGUUGAGGAGUUGUUUUCCUUAGAUUACCUUUACAAUGUUGAGCGACAAGGAAAUCCUCGUCUUCUUCAAACAAUCUUAUUCUUUUGCUCAUGUUAGACCGCUCUAGAGUUUAAAAGACGCCUACCCAAAGAAUCUGUCUAAAGUAAAGCUAAUUACCAGUUACCGGCCUCUCCAUUGUUCUACUCCUGGUCGCACUUAACGUCUUAAGUCUCUGGGUCUUUUGCGUUUUCAUUAAACUAUUCGUUUAUCAUUUUAAAAUUAUUUUUUAGUGUUUUUACCUACAUUUAAUUAAUAUCUGUUUGUUUUGUUUUGUUUUUUAAUUUCCACUGUGCGCGUUUUAGGUGCUGACCUAAACUUUUGCUUCUUCAAAGCUCAAUUUCAUGAACGUUUUCAAAAAAAGAUAGUGUCCAGCUCCUGGCAGUGUUUGGUGAUGAAAGAAGAAACUACCUCAUUAAAAUUCUUAUCCGCUUCUACCGUCUUCCCCAAUUUACGACAGUUUUAAAGAUCUGUAUGAAGAUGAAGACUGUUCAUGUUAUAGUAGCUCUUCUUAUGAUUUCCUGCAUGGUCAGUAUCUCAGAAGGAGGCAGGAAAGUGCAAAAACGUAAGUGACGGAAUAAAAUGAAUCAUAACAAUCAAUCCCUUUACAAAAAAUAUAUAGAACCUUUUCACUCACGUUGCUAGCAGCAAUGUAAAUUUAUGGAACAAAAAAAGAUAUUAUUUGCUUUUCUAAGUUUUUGGCCUCGGAAACAAGGGUCUAGGGCUCAAAUCUCUUGAACGAAAGCAAAAAUGCAGGUGACAAACUUUGACCCGAACCAAGACUUUUUCUGGCGUGAAAAAACUGGGUCUAUGCUGGUCUGCAGACUAGACUGCGAGAGAGAGCGUGCCCGCAGGCUACUGCCGUCCGUGUGGCUGUGAAUCUUGGAACCUGAAUAAGACGAGUGUAAGAUAAAUGUGUAGAGGUGUUAUCUGCCAAAAGGCUGAGUUUUUCCGAGUUAUUUGAUGAUAUUUCGCUUCUGUUAAACGUUAAAAGAUUAUGCGUAGUUGUGGAUAGUCUUAUCAGUGCCGCUAAAGUGUAUGAUUGUGCAAUUUCCGGAUAGUGUUGACAGGCAGAAUUCAGGGAUGUGGUCGCGUACCAGGCAUAAAAACGCUUCGUCGGUGUUAGCUUAGGUGACUGUGCCUUAGAAAAUUGAAACCAAUUCUGCACUCGGGAAAAUUGGACCUAGGUUUAGUUUCAGCAGGCACUUGGCUUUGAACUGUAGGCGGUGGUGGAUUUUAUUCCAGUGGAAGAAGCUCAAAGCAGUUCGGAGGCUCAAUGGGGAAUGGCGGAGAAGGAGGCAAAGGAUUUCUUCAGGGAGGAGUGUGUGGAAGAGCCAGGAUUUACCAUGCUGUAGGCGGGUUUCGAGGGGGAGGUGGCGCUUUUGGACACGAAGGAGGUACUGGAGGAGGAGGAGGCUACUCUGGGGGAAGCAGCGGGGUGACUCCUGUGGAGGAGGGGGAGGAUCUUACAAUACUGGAGAGUAUCAGCAGAAUGAAUGUUGUUAUAAUACAGCUGGACAUGGUCAAGUGACUAUAACAUUAAUAUAGAUUACGGACUGUAACUUAGCAAGUAGUGUGGUCAAACUAGUUCCUAAAAUUUUAAACCUUGGUGUACUUGUGUAUAUAAGAGAUAGUUGUUUUAACAACAUUAAAAUGUAUUAAACACUUUACACUUAAAUAUAGUAAAGGAGCGUAACGCUAAAGAGAGGGGCGACAAAUGAAUGACAGAUAUUCCAAGUUUCAAUUAAGCGUUUUUUAUCACUGGACUGACCAUCGGUAGACAAAUUCCCGAUGUCAAAUACGCGUUGUUGCUAAUCUAAAAGUCACGCUUUUAUUAAGAACCAAUAUCAAAACUAAUAUGAUACAAACUAGAGUGCGCUAAGAUUUGUACUCAUUUAUUUGGGUGCUUAUAUAGCAGUUUUGGAAGACAUUUUCUUUAUGAGCGGAGGUUCCCUUUAAGCUAAUAAUGGGUAUCAAGCAUUGUCAUGUUUAAUUCAAUGUUUGUUGUUCUCAGUUGUUGUUGUUGAACCAUAUACAAGGUGAAAGGUGAGCGUACUUCCGAAAACCGAAAUGGUAUAAAACUGUAAUUUCCUCAACUGCAUUGACAGUCAAUCCUUCCUGUAAUUUCACUCCCCGCGAUAAGAGAACCAUUUGCAUGGCAAGUGACUGAAUCUUUAAUGUUCCACUUGACCGACAACAAAACCUUUCAAGACUCUAACACUUCACUUAGUUUUUCUAAGCCGCCAACCGAGGCAGAAGGCUUUAUUAGGAUGCUAUUUUGAUUUACCCUUUGCGGUUUCAACACCUGCCGUUUAUAUAUGUAUUAUUUUCCCUAUUUACGUACAGCUAUUGCAUUCCUUAACUCACGUUACCGCAUUUUAAGGCCUCAACCUCACGCGUCAAGACGGCAAGGUCAUCUGAGCAUCCGUCAGAACUGUAAGUUCUUUUUGAUGACCUCUUAAGCUUGUUUGUUUUGUCUCACAACUGCGUCUAUCAAUUCCCAUAUUUCUACAUUUUUAACGUGAUUAUGUAACCACACUAUUUUAAAAUGACAAUGGCCGAACUCUCUUGAGACUAAGUUCCGUCAGACGACCUAAGGGAAAACAAACGAUAGAUUGUGUCCGUGGGGGCUUGUGGGGUGGCGUUUAUUAACAUUAAUUAUUACAGUGGAUACCCUUUAGGAAUUUUUGUAAAAAAAUAAAUUGAGCUGGGAUUUUGCCCGUAGCCAUUUACUCCAAUUGUUGAAUUUGCCCAGUGAACAUAGCUCAGGCAAAGCAGCAUUUUGGGGUUGUGCUAAUAUUUUGUUAGGGAGAAAAGGCAUACAUUUUACUUUUUUGUCGUUUAUGUGUCGGCUUCAGGGUUAGGGCGCGUUAUCCUGGUUAUGUUAGGCAGCUUCAGUAUUAACCAAUAAAAUCAACGAUUGGGCGAAGAAACAACAAAAAUACUCGGAAGUCAUUCUUUCGCCAAUUCGUAGUAUAAAUGCGUAACAGUUAAAAACUGGAGAAUAAGUAGUAGAAAAUACUGUAACUAUUGCCCCUCAAUUUUGCAAAGACAUGGCAUGCUUAUGUUUAUAUUUAGGUAAAACAUCCGUUUCUGCAACCAUAGAUACAAAUGCCUUCAUGUAACAAUGCCCUUCCCUGACAGUCACAAUACCUUGGACAAGUACGGCAGUAACAUCUUUAAUGAACGCUUGUACCAACGGACUUACUUCAAAGAACACUUUUAAAAAAUAAUAAUUACUUUAGUCUAACCCCUCGACAAUCGGUCACGUGUAGUGCUCCGGUGGACACAACGACACCAUAGAUACUAGAUAUUAAUUAUUCAAUGCCAGCUCACGUUAUUAUGACCUUUCACAUCCUGGCAGCAGUUCUUCUCGAAGUCGAUCGAGAAACCUUUAGAUGUACUUUCGACUAAUUUCCGCUUCUUUCUGGCCAAUAAGGUUCCUUAUAAGGCUCCAAAAACUGUCAUUUUUGUCCGUGGCUGACAGCGUAGCAUGAGGUAAUAAAGCACAAACGCAUCGCAGCGCAGUCAGUAUCAAACACUCCUUCAACGACAAUAUUUAGAAUCAACGAGUUCAGUGACCUCCUCCGAAGGAAAAGGGUAAGGUCAUAAUAUGGAUUUUGAAAUAAUUACCUUCAUCGGGGACAAAGAUUUUAGAUUCCAUCCUCAAUCAUCUACUUUAGAACCAAAAGGUUACAUUUUCUUAAACUAUUAACAAAAAUAACCUGAUGUAACAGUAAAUUUGUUGGUACAGCUAUUCACUUGAUUGGCUGCAUGGUAAUUCUAUUUCAUGCUCCUAUUUCGGAUUAAAAGGUACGGUUUUAAUAAAGAAAAAAAUAAGUAACUAAAAAAGGUAUCUAACAAUUUUGAAAACAAAUGUUCAAGCGCUAGUAUUUCUGCGACCUUUUUAUGAACGACUUGUUCUUGCAUAAUAUUUACCUAUACUAAGAAAGGUUUUGAUGGCGUUAUAAUUUUUAUCUCGGUAGCAAUAAAUCACACAGCUUUUAGAGUUUUUUGCGCAACACAGCGUAGCAAUGUUGGAACAUUGCAGGCAUUCGAAACAAUGUCGCAACAACGUUGAAAUGAUGUUUUGCGUUAAAAAUCGUCGUUGCAAGUCGUUCCGUAUAACACCUGAUGGCUGUUCUGGUGGUUCUACAUUUUGCGUGUAUGUAUAUAGUCCUAUUUGACAAUUUAGCAGUACCUUUCUUUGAUAUCCUACUGUUAUGUCCUAAAUGACGCUAUUACGAGCCAUCACCAUCUUGAUACAGGCCGGAGGUGAAUUAUGGGAAUGACCUCACCUUCUUUCCGGGGAGUAUUUCAUAGUAAGAUAGUGCAAUGAAAAACGGUUCUCUAAAUUGGACAAUCAUUUGGUUUUUGUUUUCAUAUUUAUUGUAAUUCCAAAGUCGAUCCCGCACGUAUUGGAAAUGAAAGACCUCAGUUAUUCUUUGAAGGGUUUUCUUUUCUUUCCUUUUUUUCCUACAACAAACUCAAGGAAAGGCCCUAAAUUCGAUAAUCCGCUGAGGUUUUUUGUUUAUUUUUUUCUAUUUUUAAUUUUAGAACUUAUAAGGACAUUUUUAAUUCCUUCUGAGGGAGGGGGGACGUCUGUACACAGGCUAAAAAUAAAGAUCGCAAUUAAUUAUUCCACUAAGUGUUUUUGUUUUUUACGGCAUUCUUAAAUUUAGGAGUGCUAGAGUCAGUGUCCAUUCUUUUCUUCGGCAUAAAAAGACCUUUUGUGACUGUUGAUCGGGCUACGGUAAGGAAAACCACCCGACUAGGGGGCAGAUUACAUUAAGAACAAACCGCGAUAAAACAAUUGGUCUUAAUUUAUUUGCUGCAGCCAUAGUCACCUCGGCUCUCUUAAAGUAAUGACUUCCCGUUAUUUCCAUACCGAUAAUGAAAUACAGUGCUGAGUGACAAAGAAAUCCUCACCCUUUUGUACAUUCUUUUGUGGUCGCAGGUUAGGACGGCCCCGGAGCAUAUAAAAAGCAAACCAAAAUAACCUGUCCAAACUGAAGGUAAACUGUCCAACCUUUUGAGUAUGUAAAAUCGGGAUACCUUUUAAUCACCGACGACGAAUCACGUAAGGGACCAAACUGACGAGCCACAAGGGGGGUUGUGGGGGCAUUCUUCCCUAGAAAAGUUUGAAAUCUCGAUGCUCUGAAACGUCAUUUCUAAGGUUUUGAGAGGAUAACUUCUGUCUAAAAUGUUUGCUGUUCAUCGAUCGUCAUUUCAUGGUUACUUUUAUUAUAUUAGCGUGCACGACUGAGCGUACAAGUACUCGAUUUUAUUUUAUAUUUCAUGCCGUUCUAUAAAGUUUCUGGAUAUCACUUUCAGUUAGGUAUAUUCUGCAAGGUGUAUUUGUAUAAGUAUAAUAAGAAUUCAUUUGAAAAUAUCAGAACAGAUAUCAAAAUCGGGGAUUUUCUUAUCCCGAUCGCAUAUUGGCAGGGAGGAUUCAAGAUUUCCAUUUAAAAUCGGGAGAAUCGCAACGAGAUCGGAAUGGUUGGACAGUCUGAGUGAAGCUUUUUAUUAGUAGAUUUCAGAUUGUACUUAUCGUUGUCGCACUUUCCGUUUAAAUCAUUUCAUAGUAUUUUUUAUUUUUAUUUAUUUUUAUUUAAUUUAUUCUUAAUUUCCACUGUGCACGUUUUUGAUGUCGGCAUAAACUUUUGCGGCUUAACAAUUCUCUUCAAAGCUCAUGAAUUUCAUAAAAGUUUACAAAGUAAUCAAUGAUAAUAAUAAAAUGUUUAUGAUAAAAAGAAAAAACUACCGGUACCAUAAAGUCUUACAAUUCAAGUUUCUACAGUCUUCACCCAUUUACGUCGACAGUUGCGAGGAUUCGUAUGAAGAUGAAGACUGUUCAUGUGAUAGCAGCUCUUCUUAUGAUGUCCUGCAUAGUCGGUAUGUCAGAAGGCGGCAGGAAAGUGCAGAAACGUAAGUGAUGGAUUAAGAAAUGAUUCAUAAUAAUCAAUACCCUUGCAAAAAAGAUAUACAAACACAUAUCAUUCAGCAGCAAAAUUUUUGUGUUUUAAAAUGCUUCACUUUGAAGUGACUCACCUUUCUCACUUGAUGCUCAAAGCAAGACAGGAAGCCUUAGAUACGUUUGGUUUCAAAUUAUGUAUGUUGCAGAUAAUAUUGUCCCGGUAUAAAUAAUUAUGGCUAGGAAACAAAGAAAACCCUUAAUCAACUUAAGUUGUCUGGAGCGUACUGGUUACAUUACACUAUUCUCUCACACUCAACUUAUAGCUUUCAGAACUUACAAAUUGCAUAAGGAGCGUGCGAGAACAGCAGACAACUUCCUCAAGACUGCCCCAUUGGACUGGCGACGCCUUACCCAGGCCAAUUCGCGCUAUCCGAAUUAAAGCCAAAAAGGGUUGGAACCACGAAUUCUCUCAACAAGCUUCUAAGCUUGACGGGUGACAAGCGAUCUCGAUCGCUGAGGACGGCUGGGAAGUAGGGUGGGAAGAUCUUUGAAUGAAGGCUCAACUUGCCCAAAUUGGAGUUGCGAAUUCCAAAAAAAUGUGCGCGAAGCGCUAAAAUUUAAAAAUGGUACCAAAGUCUAAGUGAAGGACAAACAGAGACUUGCAUUUUGUCUUAAUUUGUAGCUAGCUUACUUGAAAGAGAAAGACUCUUUCUGUGCUGAGUAUUCUGUGCAUUAUCCCCUAUUAUCUCGAUUUCUUUUUUCUCAAGAAGAAAACAUCGUCAGACAACACAUUCAUGUCAACGUGGAAUAAAACUAUUAUUGACAAAAUUAAUAGACUAGUACUUUAGCUCACCAUUAUCUUGUUCCCUUUUUUUUUCAAGAACUCAAGAAAUUGCAAGCGAAGGUUAACGGUGGGUAUUUUCCCAGUUGUAAGUCAGACUGAUGUAUAAUUGGCGUCAUUAGUUAACAAAAACCAAAGGGACUAAAUAUUUCUUAUCUCGAUUGCGGGAAAUCGGCAUGACAAUUCCGAUAAUAUCUUCAAAAUACAACAGCUGGAGAGAGGGCGAACAGAAACUCAUUAGCAGUGCAUCAUAAUUUAAAGCUCUAGCUUUUUUCCAAUUCAAAACUUGGGAGGACCAAAAUGACUCGACGUCUUGUUACAGAGGGCAGGUAUCCUUAAGGACGUAUACUGUUACAAAACGCUUUUGUUGAAGACAGGAAUUAAGUCCCAUGCAAGCACUCGCCUAGCAGUUAAUGAAUCAUGGUCCGAUAGCCAGUGAUCGAACAUAAAAUGUAAAAUGUUGAACUUGGUUGGUACGAGCUGAAUAAAGGGGCAGUUACUGUGGUAGUUCAUUGAAGGAUGCUAGGUAUGACGUACCAAAUAGCUGUACUAACUACUACAACACUCAAAGCGUAGUUGAUCCAUGGGCAUAUAUCAAAAUUUUCCAUCGAGUUAGACUUAAAGCAGUUCUGGUCUUGGGAAAAGAUAAACAAGGGUGCAUAUAAUGGCCUCUUUUAGAUCUUGCUGGGCGGCAUGAAAGAUUUGUGAUGACCUGUGUGAUGACCGGUAUCAUUCUGACACUUGCCCUUUAUCCGAGUUCUAUCUAUAAAAACAAAUCAUCACAAACAACUUAAUCGUUUUACGUUUUUUUACUGGGUUGAUAAAAAGCGUGCUACAUCAAACUGUCAGGACAUUUUUUCUUCUCGUAGAACUGGAAUCUGAAGUUGAUUCUUUGGAAAAAGAAUUGAAAAAUCAGGGCGCAGGUGAGUCAAUGUUCAGCUGUUAACUUUAACCUUUAUGUUGCUCCAAUUUAUCGUUGUGUGCAACAUACUGUUACGAAGUCAACGAAUUAAAUCAUAACUAAACCAAAGAAGAGGCAGAAGCUGCAGUUGAACAUAUCCAGCGUGACAGACGGACGGAUGGACGGACGAAUGAAUGGACCGACGGAUAAAUUUGUUUAUGAAAGGACGCUUUUCGCAGUAUUUCUGCUGAAUUGUAAAGACUUAAGAAAUUGAAUAAAAUGAUAGCAACUGGCUUAAAGAAUUUAAUGACUAAAAAUUAAAAUAUAGAAUGGCUGAAAAAGUAAAAAGCACAAGCGUUCAUAAACACGUUCUUAAAACAGUACGUUUUACAAUGUGGAAGGGUAAAAUGGCCGCCCAGAUUUUGUCUAAAAUUUGUGGAAUGGCGACUGCUGUUAACGGUCAUGACCCAUAUAAAUCCAUUAUCUUUAAAAAGGAGAACAUAGAAUGCUCGUUUUCAUUUGAAUGGUAACACCAUAGGAUUUCGCUCACAAAUUCGGGUGUGUUCCUCUCGGUGGAUCCAAAAACGGAUUUUAGAGCUUAAAACGGAUUUCGCGUUCGUUUCGGCAAAUCCAAACCCGGAUUUUUGAUCUGGUGAAUCCUUUUUGAAAAAGGAUUAAAGAUCAUUGAAUUUGAAAUCCGAAGAAUCCGAAUCCAGACUAUGGAUUGGAAAUUAGUUAGAUGAUCCAGCGGCAUUCAGUUGAAGAAUUCCCGUAGAGUUUCUAGUUGCUGCCAUUUGCCGCAAAACAUCUGAAAACACUGGAAGAUAGUUCCUGGUACAGUACAAUAUCCACGUGCUGACUAUUUGUCGCUAAAGAUCGCUUAAAAGCACAAAUAAGUAAAAGGGACAAAUGAACUGCUCUCUUUCUACAAACUCGCUUGUAGACGCGACAGGCACUCGAUCGUGCUACAUAAAAAAUCCGAGCCACGAAACUGGAUCAAACUAGGCUGAAAACCUUUCGAUAAUUUUCAACUUUAACGCGCUAUUUUCAUGAUCUGUUUAUGUUCCAUCGUAGCUAUUCGAACUGCCGACCACAAAAUUCUGCACGGUAUAAUCGCAUAAUUUGUAAAUCAGUAGAAAACAUGUCAUUUCUUGAGAGGCUGUCAAGACAUGGAUUGCAUUUUGCAGGCGUUUGCGAAAGGUUACCAAAGAAUCCAAUUUCGGAUUUCAUCUUCCUUUCGACCGCGAAAUCCGGCAAAUCUCGGAUCAAAAAUGCGUUUCUGGAUUCGCCGAAAGGAACACACCCCUACAACUAUAUACAUACUAAAUAAAUAUAGUACCACGUGAAAUUACUGCUGAAGAGGUAUCAUUUGAAUGGUCACACGAUAGGAUUCAUCCACAGAUUCAAAAGUCAAAACUACAUGAGGAAUAAAUAGUACCAUCUGAAAGUAAAGCUAAAAGGGUUUCAUUUGAAUGGUAACACCAUAGGAUAUCAUCCACACACUCAAAAGUUGGAACUACAAACUGAAUAAGUGGUUAGUACAAUGUAAAAGUAAAGAUGAAAAGGCUUCAUUCGAACGGUAACACCAUAGGAUUUCAUCCAGACUCAAAAGUUGGAAGUACAUACUUAAUACAUGUAAAUAGUAUCAUGUGAAAGUACUGCUGAAGAAGUUUCAUUUGAGUGGUAACACCAUAAUACUUCAUCCACAAAUCAAACUGAAAUAGAGCUGUGAUUAGUGGCCGGCCUGCGAUUUAAUACUGAAUUUAACAGUCGCGGUGUGUGGUUUAAUGUUAUUGUUUUUUUGUUGUUGUUGUUGUUUUCAGAGUUAAAGAACCUGCAAGUACAUGGCUCGAACGAUGGUAAGGUUACUGCUACUAAAAAGAAAAUCGUGCCCACUCUUAUAAACGCCCCUGUCCGAUAAACAGGGUAGUUGUCUCGCUUAGAUGGCCACAUUAAGUGGCGUCGAAACGCAGGCAUAUUACUAUAGAAAUCUAGGGCGUUGUCAUGUAAUUUCUCAGUUUUCAAAACCCUCCUUGUUCUACUCCUUUUCGGUUUAUUUUUUUUACAAUGUCAAAAUUACAAAAACCUGACGAGUGCUGACCGAAACGUGAAUUAUGGUAAAAGCGGCGUCGAAUGUGAUGCAGAUAUUGUUCCUGGGUGGUUUCGGUAUCAAGGCGAGGCAGGAACACAGAUGGCAACUACAUGCCCACCAAACUGGAGCUGUAACAGUGGUGCGAAUGGUUGGAUGAAGGGGGAGCUUCCCUCAGUGGCAGAUGGAAGGGUCACCAGGAUGGCCUGUUUCCAAUUUAAUAAUCAGUGCUGUUUCUACUUCAAAUAUAUUCAAGUUAGAAAUUGCGGUGAAUACUAUGUUUACUAUCUCAAUGGCACUCCAGAUAACAAGUGCUACGUCCGCUACUGCGGUAGCGAUUGAAUAAAGGGUACAAAUAUAAGUAUUUCCUAAAAAUACCAAUAUGUUAAUUAAAGCCAAGGUUUGCGUAGCGGUGUUUUAUCGGCGGGAAGGCAAAUGAGCAGCGUAGCUGGCAAAAGGCGCGCGAAGCACACUCGAACCAUUCUCGUCCCCAGAGCCUCCUGUUCCCUUAGACGGCGAGGCCUGAGCACGAGGACCAGGAGGCUCUGGAGACACAGGAUUUGAAGUCCUAGAUUUUAGGACUUCCGUUCAUUUCUGAUUUUCUACAACGUUUCUAAUAGCGUUCACUUGCUCUUGCCGAAGUGUCCAUGACUGUAAAUUUAGGUGAAUCCAAGCUUUUAAAAGAAAAUCCUCCAACUUACUUUUGAAUCGGAAAUGACCGGAAGUCUUAAAAUCUAGGACUUCAAAUCCUGUGUCCCCCAGUUUGUCCCCAGAGCCUCCUGGUCCUCGUACUUAGGCCGCGCCGGCUGAAGGAACAGGAGGCUCUGGGGACGAGCAUGCACUCGCACGAGAGUUGUCUCUACCCUGUUCUCCUCGCGGCUCUGACGCUCAUUUGCGCGCUCGACAAUUAAACCGCCAGCUAUGCAGGCUAAGCUAAGGGUUGAGCAUGGUGGCAAAAAGAGGGCGGUGGGGGUCAAACUUUAAUGUCUUAAUACAAGGAAUACACGUAGUGCCAAGUUUUUUUUUGAGAAUGUAAUAACAUAAGCUAGUUAAAUAUAUCCAGAGCAAACUGGACUAUAGAAAAUAAAGGCGUCACUCCGUAAAGGUGAUUAGAAUAAAGGGAAUAACAGGAACAAAGAAAAGUCUUGUCUGGUUGAUCUGCCUGUAGUCUGCGUAGCUAGUGUCGAAAGGCGUUGGGGAGGAAGGGAAAAUACGGGGGGAUUGGGGGGAAGUGACCAGCGUUCCGUCGCAGUCAAACUUUAGGUGCCUUAAGUUUUCCUAUAAAAGAUUGUAAUGGGAAAAAAAAAAGAUAGUAUGCCAUGUUUGGAAGUAAUAAUGAUCGCCUUUUUCCCGAGAAAUCAUGUGAAGUUCUCUUUUUGCCCAAAAAGCGCGCGUAAAUACUGAGCGAGUGCCCCCCGGGCAUCCCAUAAUACUUCUUAAAUCUCAAAAUAAAUUCAAUAUGGCCGCCGUAUCGGUAAAAAGGUCUAUUCCUCUUGCAGUUGAUCUGUUGACUCCAAGGGUGUCCGCUACAAGCAAGUAAUCUUCGUUGUCCGUCUUCGAACGCUCUGAUCAUCCUCUCACGGUGUUCGAGUGCUAUUCUGUUUCUAUGAGGCAUGUCAAACACAUGUACUGUACAAUAUGUAACCGUUCAAACUUGAACAGGGACAAAGAAAAGACUUGUCUAUUUCAUCUGCCUGUAGCUUGACGUAGCUGGCGUCGAAAGGCGUUGGGGAGGAAGGAAAAAGAGAUAUUUUGUAGAUCUUGCUAGGUUGCCUCAGCAAAGAACAAUGAUAGCCGUCAUGAUGACUUGCGCUUCAUCCAAGUUGUAUGUAUCUAUAAAAACAAAUCAUCACAAACACCUAUGAAGCGUCCUAUGCUGUUAUGGAAGAUUAAGGAUUUUUUUCACUACAAAGUGGUUCAUUGUAAUUGUCAAGACAUUUUUUCUUCUCGCAGAACUGGAAACUGAAAUUGAUUCUUUGGAAAAAGAAAUAAAAUAUUAGGGCACAGGUGAGUCAAUAUUUUGCUGUAAACUUAAACCUUUAUGUUUACUUUUUAAGUUUAAUAUCAUUGUAUCAUGAUAUUGUGGUGAAAAAACUAAAUCUGCUCAUGGCCAAACCAAACAAGACGCAGAAACUGCGGUUGAACACAUCCAGCGAAUUGGAUGGAUGGACAGACGGACAGAUGGAGGGACAGAAGUAAUACCGUUGCACUAAUACUGAAUUUGCUAAGGCUUAAACAAUCGAAUAAAAUGAAAAUAACUGGCUAGGAAUUCAAUAACUAAAAUUUCAGAAAAACUUUCUUAGAGUAACACGUUUUACAAUGUGGAUGAAUGAAAUGGCGGUUUUGUCUUAAAUUUGUGGAAUGACAACUGCUGUUAAUGGUCUGAGAGUUUGGUACUCCAAUAUCAUUUUUUAAAAAAAAAAAAAAAAAGGAAAGCAUAGACUGCUCGUUUUCAUUUGAAUAGCAACACUACAGGAUUUCACCCACAGACUCAAAGUUAGAAAUACAUACUAAAUAAAUAGUACCAUGUGAAAGUACUGCUGAAAAGGUUUCAUUUGAAUGGUAACACAAUAGGAUACAGACUGAAUAAAUACAGUGCUGAAGAGCUUUCAUUUGAAUGGUAACACCAUAAUAUUUCAUCCACAAAUCAAGCUGAAAUAGAGCUGUUAGUGUUAAAUGAAUUGUGACCGACCAGCGAUUUAAUACUGAAUUUAACAUUUUGUUGUUGUUGCUGUUGUUUUUUUUUUUUUUUCAGAACUAAAGAACCUGCAAGUACAUGGCUUAAACGAUGGUAAGGUUAAUGAACUAGUAAAAAGAACUUAUCGUGUCUACCGUACAUAAUCUAAUUGACGGCCCACUCUUAUAAACGCCCCUUGUCUGAUAGACGCCCCACCUAACAGUUACUCAAAAUUUUAAUACUAGGCAUUGGCAAAAAAACGAGCAAAAUAAGUCAAUUCAUUCAGUGGGGAUGAAGCAGCUGCUCUGACGAGAAGUCACCAAUAGUACCUAACCUUGACCCCAAACAAUACAAAAACAAUUGAAAGAAUGACAUGUCAUUGUUUUCUGCGACCAGUCAGGAGAGACCUUACGAGCAGCUCCUGUACUACUCCAUUCAGUUUCUAGCUUAAAAGGGUACCGGAUUCCGGAAUCCCAGAAUUUUUUGCUGGUGGAAUCCGGAACCAGCAACUUUUAGCUGGGAAUCAGUAAUCCGACAAAUGAUCCAGAAUCCACAGCGUGGCCUCCAGAAUCCAGGACUGUCCUAGACUUCCUGACAUGGGGCGAUCAUAGUAACUGUUCACAGUGAUCUCGUACUGGUAAUUGUAUGAUUCGCUGUGCUGGCAAUCAUGAGGAGGAUAUGAUGGCGACAAGUAGUUGUGUCACUUACAGUCGAAACGCAGGUAUAUUACCACAGAAAGCUAGGGCGUUGUCAUUUCUCAGUUUUUCAAACCCUCUUUGUUUUACGGCUUUUCCGUUUAUUUUUUUUUUAGAAUGUCAAAAUUACAAAAACUUGACGAGUGCUGACCGAAACGUAAAUUAUGGUAAAAGAGGCGUCGAAUGUGAUGCAGAUAUUGUUCUGGGUGGUUUCGGUUUCAAGGCGAGGCAGGAAUACUGAUGGCAACUACAUGCCCACCACACUGGAGCUGCAACAGUAGUGGGAACGGCUGGAUGAAAGGAGAGCUUCCCUCAGUGGCAGAUGGACGGGUCACCAGGAUGGCCUGUUUCCACGUUAGUAAUCGGUGCUGUUUCUCCUUCAAAUAUAUUCAAGUUAGAAAUUGCGGUGAAUAGUAUGUUUACUAUCUCAAUGGCACCCCAGAUAACUCGUGCAACCGCUACUGCGGUAGCGAUUGAAUGAAGGGUCGUAUUAUAAGUAAGUUCCAGAGUAAGUUCCUAAAAACACCAGGUUAAUUAAACCUGAAUAUUUUCAGCCUGCGUAGCUGGCGGUUCGCUUGCGAGAGAGCUUGUCAAAUUAGCAGAGUAGCAGCGAAAACGUGCUCAAAGCGAACGAGUGUAGUUUCUGCCCAUUUUCCUCGCUGCUUUGGCGCUCAUUUGCGCGUUCGACGAACAAAACCGCUAGCUACUCAGGGUAAGCUAGGGUUCAGCAUGGUGUCGAAGAAGGGGGGUCAAACUUUAGUGUCCGAUUUUCUUAAUACAAGGAUUAUCGUGCUGAGUUCUGCGCGCUUCAUACAACAAAUGUAACAGCAUUAUAUUAGAAUGUAAAGGUGUCAAUUAAAAAGGUUAAUAAAAUACAAAGAAUAACAGGGACAAAGAAAAGACUUGUCUAGUUCAUCUGCCUGUAGCCUGCGUACCCGACGUCGAAAAGCGUUGGGGAGGAAAGGAAAAGGGGGGAGGGGGGGAUUGAGAGAAAAGGGACCAGCGUUCCCACUUUCUUAAUACAAGGAUACACGGCGUGCCAAGUUCUUCUUUAUGCAACAAAGGGAAUGUAAUAGCAUUUUAGUUUUUUAAAUACAUCCUGCAGUUUCAACUUGUAAACAAAGAAAACUGGCCCCGGUGGUUCAAACGUUGGAUAGCGCUAUCCACCGGAUAAAUCACUAUCCAGUGGAUAGCUUAAUCGGUUUCCCUACUACUUAUGCGAUGGGUAGUGAUUUAUCCGUUGGAUAGCGCUAUCCAACUUUUGAACAACAAAUUCCCUGCAGCCUGCUAGAAAGAGAGGAAGGGAGAAGAGAGAAGAAUUCAAGUGGAAAAGGGACCAGAGUUCUAUCGGAGUCACACAUUGGGUGCUUCCCGGACCGUAUUCGGUGAUACUGGAAAUACAAAGAGUAAUCUGGAAUAUUUGUUCGAUUGAUCUCCAAUUCCAAUUCUUGAAUUAAGGCAAUAAAUUAUUUUCCAAACGAGCAGAACGCUUGUGAUAACACGGAAUAAUGACGUAACUUUCCUCGCGUCGCAUAGCGCAUGUCGUGGACUUAUUUAUUUGUGAUUCGCAAUAGCUCAUCCAAAGACACUUUUCCUUAAGCGCUCGAUCGUGACAGUGGGGCUGGAAUUAUGCGUGAACCGAUGUUUAUUAUCAUUUAUGCCGAUUUUAUUGUCGAAGAAUUUCUUUAGGCAAAGAGCUUGACUCAAUUAUUAAUUCCUAUAGUAAACUGGCGGUUACUUCGGCAGACAAAUUGCAAGGUGUAAAUCUGCCUUACGGUAUCUGGUUCAUUAGAAGCAUUACCAAAACCGUAAAAUUCCGAAAAUAAGCCCCGGGGCUCAUAUUUUUCAAAGGCCCUUUUUUGAGGGUCUUAUUUUGGAGGGGCUUAUAUUCGGAGGGGCUUAAGUACGGAGGGAAAUUUGCGUUUCAAAAUCGAUUGGGCUAGCUUGUAGUGGGAAGGAAAUUUACCAAUUUUGCUUUGUUUUACUUUGUAUUCGAGGGCAAAUUCCAAGUACAAGCCCCCCCAGGGGGCUUAUAUUCGGAGGGGCGAUUUCACGGAGGGUUUUUGGCGUUAACAUUUUGGGGCGCUUAUAUUUGGAGGGGCUCAUACACGGAAUUUUACGCUACCCUAAAACUGAUUGAGUGAAAUUUCAAGGUAAUUAUAAGGAGUUGCCUUUGGACCGCAAACAGGUUAGUCAAUAGAAAACAUUAAUACUUGAAUUUAUUUCUCAAUUUCCCGUGAAACGUGAAUUACUUGAUUUUUCCGUGACCGAGAAAAAAUUUUAGAAAUUAUUCGUGACGCAAGAAAAGUCAACAAAUUUCACGCAGUCCGGCACACUGUUGAUAUUUUCUUAACUCUGGACACUCAGACAGUGUCACUUCAUUUGGCUACGUAUACGUUUUGGAUGAUUUGCUUUUCAUACGCAUUAGUUGUUAACGGAAGUCGAACUCAUCCUCUGAGGUUAAAAAACAAUGACGUCACAAAUGAUACACAAGCGCUCGUACGGUUGUUGGUGUGACAAUCGGUUGACUAAUUUCAGUUGUAGUUUGCUAACUCCGCCUCAAGGCAUGGGGGAGUGCAUUCUGUACAAUACAUAAUAGUCGACUUUCGAAACAAGCGCAGCUAGCUAAGGGAAAGGGAAGUAACAGUUACAAGAUCAUCGUUCCAAGAUGUAUAUGACGCCAGCUGUAAAUGCAGAAGAGUAUUAUUUAGAGCUAGGAGCCACUCAAACUGGCAACGUUGAAGAAGCAUACGAUGACAUUAUUGUCGGAGAGGCAGCGACAAAUGUUCAGGUGCAAACAGCUAGUAACGGGUAUAGUUACAAAGGAAGCACGAAGGGGCAGCUCGCAACAACAGAGUUUGAGAAGCUGCAGAAGGCUCUGAGAGCUGAAAUCUUAAGAGCCCGGCGAAUGAGGCUCUUCAUGUUGACUGUAAUUAUGGUAACGUUCUUGAUCGCUGUUGCCGCUUUGAUUUUGGUCAUAAUGAAGAUAGCGGAUGGAGAAGGUUCAGCCCCUCCGAAGCAGGAAACAACAACACAAGGUAAACGGAUUUACAAGCUGUUUUCUCGCCGAAAAUCACCGGCCUUCGAUUUCAUUAGGCAUGCAUGCACCCAAUGCCGAGAUAGUUUUCUUUAACCAGAUAAACAAAACCUAGCCAAUAUCGGUUACUUUGAUGGAAAAUUACUGAGAUAAACAACAAAUUACAUGAGUAACCGUCAUUUUUGUUUACCAAUCAGUUAACCUGACCUGAGCCUGACCGAUAAGCAUGGAUACAAGGUGGAUAAUUUUUAUAUUUUUGACCCCGUGGACUCAAUCCUAUACGGAUCAGCGUUUUAUCAUGACCCCUAAGGUUGCUCCAUGGUUCUCCUUAGAUGUUUCUCGAUACUUAUCUCGACGGAAUUUGGUUUUUGUAGAGAAUUUUGACUAGGGCUACUUAUUCUUGAGAGAGGCAAAUGCAAUCGAUUUGGUACAAGACGUCAUUAACAUGCAUAUUAGGCUGUUUAAACGCGCGUGAAAUGUGGACGGAGCACAUCUCUCCUGAUGAAAAUGGUUGUAGCUUUUGUUUUUAAACGAUAAAUGUAACCUUAACCCCCGGCUUUUUCGCUUCAACGAAAAAAUCGCCUCAUCGCAAGCUAUAGAAUUCGUCCGGUAGUUGUGGUAUACGCCAUUCGACUGCGCUAUUACUAAACAAAAAAAUACAUUGUAGCUACCAUGCAAAUUAGAAUUUUAAUCUUUCUCUAACCACGCAAAAAAACAAUAACGGGUGUUGACUUCUUUACUCACAAAAAUUAUAAUCAUGCAGAGGCAUUUAACGGUUGGGUAGGCUCAACAAGCAGUAACAAUGUUAAUUAAAAUUUCCACUUCGCAAGUUAAAACUAGCGCUCUCUACCGAAAACAAAUCGAGAUUUACUGUGAGAGACUAAGGAAGAAGAAUCAAUUUAACCCAGUGGUGAUCUCAGGGUUGAGGGGGGGGAGAGGCGGGGAGGGAGGUACACCGGAGUUGAGAUGACUGGAUGAUCUGGAGAUGUCAAAAAUCCCCCCCCACGACAGAACAAUGGGAUUUAUUUGUUACAGUUUUUGUGUUUUUCUAGUGUUUAAAACAUGCGAAAAAAGAGUAUUUAAGUGUAUGACCAUGAGUAAAGAAACAGGAAACAAACUGCUUUGUCUUAUUUAUUUCUGUGCUUCGCUCUACUGGAUUUAAAUGGGCUAAGGUCACGCUAUUUCAGGCAAAUGCGGUAAAUAUCUGAAUUUAUGAAAAUAUAAAAACCUGUUCAAACCCCGAGAGGUGUACUCCCUUUGAUGGCCUAUACGGGGAGGCUUCCCCCGAAAGGGGUACCGUUCGCAGGCUUCAGGUGCUGUUUAUGAAAGGGUAGGGAUUUGACCAGUUGAGGUAUAUAAAAGGGUAGGGAAAUCUGUCAUUUGGGUCUGUAAAAAGGCCCAAAAGAACAGAUGAAUUGUAUGGCUUUAAAAAGUCGACAAAACGUUCUAUUUUAGAGAUUUUUUUAAAAGACAGUGCAUUUACAGAAGUUAAAAGGGAUGCAAAGUUCUAAACAAGGUAUUUGAAAGGAGUACCAUUUGUCAGUCGAAGGUAUACGAAAAGGGUACCUUUUUAGUGAAAAAUGGUAUGUAAAAAGGGUAAGCGGUUGGAUCUCGGGCCGUAUAAACAUUUGUUGAGUAGAAAAUUGUUAAAAAAAAGGUUUCACUGCCUUUCGGAACUUUUACUUCACCAACUCUCACGAAGUUCAAACAGUUCAUCUUCAUCUCCUCGAAUUACGUCUACUCAAAAUAAGAAAAAAAAAAUCACUUGAACAAAAAGACCUUACUGCGCUUUUCACAAACAUGCGAACUCUAAAGGUCAAAAGACGCCUUCAUAACUGCGUUUUUCGCUGCUGUCAAUCAUAAUUACGAUCACAAGAAACGAACCUUGAAACACAGAAACACACAAAACGGAUCCAAAUCCACCAAUCACAAAUCACAAACCAUGACCUUUUGAACCCGUUAAACUAAAGUUUUGUUUCCUAAGAGGUCCGUUAAGAUGAUUGACGGCGGCGAAAAACGCAAUCGUCAGUUGGCUUUUGAACUUCAGAAUUCGCAUGUUUGUGAAAAGCGCAGUAAGUUAGCCUUAACAGAUGCAUGCAACGUUUUUGUUGAAAAGAGGUGUUGGCACUGUGAUAAAAAAAAAAAAAAAAAAAAACUACAGUUAAACCUCUCUACAAAGGCCACCUUGGGGACAGAAGAAAGUGGCCGUUGUAAAGAGGUUUUAAACAAGAGUCAAUGUAUGGAUUUUUGUGUCCAAGGGACAAAAUAAAUGAGUGGCCGUUUAGAGAGGUGGUCGGGUGGUCGGGUAGGACUGUAUUUAUUCUUCGUUUCAUUGAUUGUUUGGUUUAUACUUAGGUGAGUGUCCUACCAACUCUCAUACUUGUGACGUCAAUGCUGUUUGUCAAAAUACUGCGGGCUCACACACCUGCUUGUGUAAACUUGGAUAUACGGGGGAUGGAACAACAUGUUAUGGUAAAGCAAUACUAGUAGCACAGGAAGUACUGAGUUGAUUUAAGCGUUAGGGUAGUUAGCUUUUAAAAAGCUAUUCGGGGAUACCAGUAAACUAAAAAAGAAUACAAAAUGAUAUUUGAUUGGGUUGCCUGCGACACAGCCCAAUCGAAUGGGCUUUUCCCCUUGGAAAAAGCGCCGGGGUAAGAGGGUGUGUGGGGGAGGGAGGGGGGUUGGUUUGUUGACAUUUUAGCUUAAAAAAGUGUGCCACAGAGACUUAGGGUGACAACAACAUUCUCGCGUCUAGUUAUAACGGUUACCGUAUUUACUAGUUUUCAAUAGAAAACACCGCCCUGGAAUAACGUCAGCCUUAACCAGGAGCCAAUUACUUGAUAACAUGCGGGCGCCGUUUUUCCUGAAGAGGUGAUGAAAUGUGAUAAUACUAUUCAGCAUUCUUUGUUUCAUUUGAUUGUCUGGUUCUAGACUUAGAUGAGUGUACUUCUAACUCUCAUACCUGUGACGUCAACGCUCUUUGUUAUAAUACCGCGGGCUCACACAAAUGUUCAUGUAAAGCUGGAUAUUCAGGGGACGGAAAAACAUGUCAUGGUAAGGAAAUAAUGAAAAAUGCCGGUUAAAAUCAGAAGAGAAGUAUCAGAAGUAGUACUAGACUUGAUCUAUGCAUCAAUGUAUUUAGCUUUUGAAAAAUUAACUUGGACACUAGUAAACCACAAAAGAACAAAAUUUUAAUACUGGGUGGCAGUGAGGCACAGCCCAAUCAAGAAAGAGGUCUCUCCCUCGCAAAAAACUGGGGUGAUUUAUUCAGCUGAAAACGUAUGGCAAACAAACUUGGAAUGAUGUUUUGCGUGAAGGUGUUCAACCUAUAAUUACGCCGUCAAACUAGGAAAAAGUCUAUCAUGUAGUAAAGUUAUAGAAACUUCUUGUCUAAAGAUGUUCUUCUUGAAUUAUUAAUGGCCUUAGAAAACAACAGCCGUGGAGCUUUAUUCGUUUUCUGACUAUGCAGAUACCGACAUCUCACAGACACACCUUAAAGAUAUCACUCUGAACUCUACGAUCAGAAAAAAAUGCAAUUAAUUUAGAGCCAGAUGGAAGUUGUACCUAUCAAAACUGACAGGGUUAAGCCUAGGUGCACACUGAUUUCAAAUUUGUUGUCUUUUGUCCUAUGGGUAGGGAUGGAAAGAAAACCAAGGGGUGGAAGGCGAGGAAGGUAACUGACACACUGAGUUAAUUCACAGGGAUUUCCUGUCUAGAGCCACUCUUUCACGAAUAAAACCACGCAACAACGAAAAAAAAAAACUGAGUUCAUUUAAAACUUAGUCAAAAACUAAUGAAAGAGUCGACUUUGGCUCUGCCAGGGAAACUUAUUUCUUUUAUGUUAAAAGAUAUACCCUAACAUGUGUUUUUGCACAAUUUUAGAUAUAGACGAGUGUUCUAACAACGCUCACUGCUGUGAUGUGAACGCUGUGUGUACAAAUGCCCAAGGAUCGUAUUCUUGUGCAUGCAAAGCUAAAUAUACAGGAAAUGGUACAAAAUGUGUACUUGCCGGUAAAAAAAAACAAACGUUUUCGUGUGAGCAAUAACAUUCCCUGUAAAAAUAUUUUUAAAACAUGCUACUUUUCCCCUUUUGCUUAAAACGUAAUGUCUUACUGCCGAUUCAGUAAAACAAAACCCAUUCCGCCCAGGCCUUCGGUUUGCUAGUAUUAAUCAUAUAGCACGCACACACUUGCUUAAAAAGCAGGGACCGCUAUGGGGCUUGGUGGGCUAUAGUUACCGUAAAAUUCAAAAAUAAGCCCCUCCAUGCAUAAGCCCUCCAAACUUGUAACGCAAAAAACCCUUAGUCAAAAUCGCCCCUCCAAAUAUAAGCUCCCCGGGGGGCUUGUACUUGGAAAUUGCCCUCAUAUACAAAGUAAAACAAAGGAAAAACGGUAAAUUUCCUUCCAACUAUAAGGCUAGCCGAAUCGAUUUUGAAACGCACAUUUCCCUCCAUAGAUAAGCCCCUCCGAACAUAAGCCCCUCCAAAAAUAAGCCUCUCAAAAGGGCCUUUGAAAAAUAUAAGCAUCGGGUAUGGCCAUUCAUAAAUAAAGGUUACUUUGGGCAUUGGAAAUUGAGCACUUGAAUUGUUUGGAGGUCACCGCAAGAAAAUCAUUUCAGUGAGUUCCAUACGCUUAAAUCCCUAAUGCCCAAUUGUCAAUGACACAUUGCCAAUGUUGCCUUUAUUGAACUAAGUAUAUGUGUUUUUUACAAUAACUGAGCGGAUUCUCGUGCGCUGAUUGGUUGAGAGCUAUGUUCGAUAAGAGAACAAACCAUGAAAAUGAUGUGAUGGUGGCGCCAUUUGUUUUCUCUUUCCGCCAAGCGAUUUCCGAGAAACUUCAACGGAAUUAAAUGGACGUCAAAACUUUGUAGUGAGACCACUCGGCCGCGGCUCGUGGUUCCACUUGAACGUUUUCACGUCAUUUCUAUGGUCGAUAAAAGUAUAGACCCAUAAAAAUUGUUGUCGAUUUGCUAUGUUGCUUUUAAGAGACCCUCUUUAUUGAUUAGUCAUUAAAAGUCAGAUAAGUUAUUAUUAUUAUUAUUAUUAUUAUUGUUGUUAUUAUUAUUAAGUUAUUAUUAUUGAUUACUUUCAAAACUAUUCAGUAACAUUCCGAGCUGUCUUCACAAACCUCGGCGCGAGUGGGAGACUUCACCCAACUUCCCUUGGUAGUUACUACAGGGGACAGGAUCAUGACGGUCAAGUUACGUUGCACAGCGGUAUUCAACGCUGGACCGUGCCGUACACAGGCGACUACAGAAUAGAGGCAAUAGGAGCUGCUGGGGGUACGACACGAGAAGUAGCGGGGGGCAUAUUUCGUGGAAGAGGUGCUAGAAUGGAGGGACUUUUAACUUAUCUCAAGGCGAAACAAUUCAAAUACUCGUGGGUCAAGAGGGUGGAAUUAACAAUGUAA